GUUUCUCGCUUCUUUCAACAUGGCGGCGAUGUAGAAGCGAUUCUUAGCAAUGUGUUUUGUUGGCUUACACGUACGAAGGAAGGAACAAUUUUGAAAUUUUUAAUUUCAGAAUGCCUGUUAUUGAUACCUUUCAAACGCAGAUGAGUAAACAGAGCAAUGAUUGUUUCGGCAGCUAGAAUAUGUCAGAGUUUCACCUUGACAAUUUCUCGCCUUUCAGCUCUUUCUCCUAAAACUGGUCAGUUUGUCAUAGCGGCAUCGAGCUGUUGGCGAUUCCACAAAACUGCUUAUUUUGCUCGAUUUUACCAUGAAGUGCAUCUAACUGAAGACGAAAUGGAAGAGAGCUUUAUCAAGGGUUGGGGAAAAGGAGGACAGAAAGUGAAUAAGAGCAGUAACUGUGUUCAUCUGAAACAUAAACCUACUGGUAUCAUUAUUAAGGUACGACUACAUACUUUUUAGUAAAAAAAAUUAUUUAUAUUCUGUACAUAAUUCUAUGAUAUGCUACAAUUAUGCUCUUUAUAUUUUAUCUUAAUUAAAUUAAUUUAUUUGUUUUUAUUACGGUUUUUCUUCUAAAUUUAUGAUAUUUUUCCUCACUAUCUUUCGAGUGUUGUUUGAGUGUUGCAACCCUAUAAAAUGUAAUUUAAUUAUUGUAACUACUCAGCUUGUUUAGUUUUUUUUUGGUAGUCUGAGUAAUUUUUUUGCCUGAUCUAUGUUAAUCUAUGCUGUUCUUGUAAAUGUUUUAAGUUGGCAAAAUAAAUUCAUCAGCAAGCAUGGUGGCACAAAUACUCAGCAGUGAAUUGACACUAUCGCUUGAUGAAGAUCUGUAGUACGUGGUCGAAACAUCACGAUCAAUAUCUAUUUGACAAUCAUAAGACAAACAAUAAAAGAAACCCUUUAUACACAUUAUCUACAAUGAACAAUAUCUUUCAUGACAAAAUCACUGUUCUUAUAUGUGAACAAAGGCCCUAUCUGAUAUGGUUUUUGUGCUGGCGCAAUAGCUAUCUGCCUUAGUGUGAACAUGGCCUAAAUUUGGAGACCUCGGUGGCACUUGCUGGUAGCCCCAUCCUCAGUGAACCAUUGUUUGAUAUUUUUCUUUUCUUUUUUUUAUAGUGCCAUGAAAGUAGAUCCCUUGCAAGAAAUAGAGUGAUUGCCAGAGAAAUCUUGAGACAGAAACUUGAUUUUCUUUACAAUGGCAAGGAAAGUGAACUUGCUCAAGCUGUUGCUAAGAAAAAGAAAAAGAAAGCAAAUUAUGCAAGAAAAAGGAGACUACGUGAGGAAGCUAUUGCUACUGGCUUGCAAAAUGUGAAAGAUGGACCAGCAGAUUCAUGUGAUGUUUAAAAUAAGAGUAACGAAAUUAUUGCCUUUGUGAAUGAUCCUUGAACAUUUUCCAUAACCACUGCAAGCUUAGGGUGUGACAGAUGCAAACUUAACGCCUUUGUAAGGCAGUCCUUCUACCAUUGUCUCCAUGACUACAACAACAUUAUUCACAGGUCCUCUCUUCAUCAUGGUUUGAAGAGAGAAGGACAUUCAGAAUAAGGUUUAUCAGCUGUGAACCAUCUUGUACCAACCUUUAUAUGAUCACUGCACUUCAAGGAUGGCAUCAUGUAUUGUAGUCCUAUCAACAUUUUUGACAACUGUGCUUCACCACAUGACCAGUAUUUUCGAAAUGUGGAUCAUUGCGAGGAUGGCUAGGAUAUCCAGAAACUUUACUUUCCAGUAAAGUGAAGGCUGUGCUCUAGCAGAGCCCGGUGGCCCCUGGCGCCUAACUGUUGCCCUCGGGCGACUAGAAAAUCUCAGAUUUUUCAUACAAAUCACAUGCUGGGCACCCUAGAUUUCACAGUUUCAGAACACUGGGCUCCCUUCAGUUUUCCUUAGAGCACAGCCUUGAAAUUCAUGCCCUAGACAGAGUUAUGCCCCCAUGACUGGUAAAUCUGCACUUCCCAGCCAUGAGCCCCAAAGUCAGUAUUAACCAGGAACCUGUCACACUGGCUGGUCAGUGGAAAAAAUAAAGGUGCUUGGGGUUGGGACAAAUGCAACAUACUAAAAAAUUAAGCCCAGUGGCCAUCAUGAGAUGCUGUACCAAGCACAUUUCAGUGCAUCAUACCUUGAAAAAGUAUAAUAUCAUUUAAGUGUAUGGUCAGUAGAGUUAUUUCUUCAUUAAUAGGCCAUUUGCCUAGUGGCGGCAUUUUACUACUACUACCAGAAUCCUUCAGGGUUUUGCUUUCUUGUGCAAAUUAAACCUCACUGAGAUAACCAAAUUUACAUAUGAAACAAAAACUGUAAUGAAUUCUUGUCUUAGUAGUAAAAACAUGUCAUUGUGCAAAUUACCUAUUCAUGCAGCCUUUAAGAGAUUUACAGAUUUCAUAUGGAUUGAAAUACUGUAUUUUAAGUCAUGCAAAAAUACUAGACUUGUUAUGCACAAAUUAUUCUGUCGAUUAAAGGGGCUUUGUCAUGAGGAUAUUGCUCUUCAAAUUUUAUCAGGGAGCACAAACCACAAUAAUCAUUUUGGUUGGCCCAAUUUUUUCAAGUUUCAAAUCCACACCCAUCCUUGUGGUCCGUUGCAACAGACAACAGGAAACCAGAAUUUAUUAAACUAGAUGCAUAUAAACUGCUUCAAAUAGUCUGAUUGCAGUAAUUGUAUAGUAGAGGUCAUAAAAACAAAGCCAGGAAAAUAAACUCCAUGACAUCAAAACAAAGAGCAAGAUUAUAGUUACACAAAAGGUAAUUGAAGUUCUGGUUCCAGUUGUUCGAAGGCCGAUUAGAGCUUAACCCAGCAUUAAUUUUAACCCUGGUUUCCUUUUCUUGUGUUCAAAAGCAUUUCCUCGGAUAAUUUUAUCUGUUAUUUUAAGAGCUUCCAAUCACCAACUUGC